AUGUUAUUUUCAAUAUUGGUGUCAAUCAUCGUUCUGUUGAUCAGAAGAGCAACAUUAAUUCACUCGACAAUAGUUGAAUUCGUCAAUGUAAGAACUGUCGGUGAUCCAUCGACAGCAUGUCUAGCGACAUGCGGUAGUACGUUGGAGAUAAUUACAGGUUCGUUUGAAGGUGGAUGUGCUAUUGAAUUCCACCAAUUAAAAUUACCAAAUAUAAAAUCAUUAUCGAAUCAAGUGUUGGAAUUUGAUAUGAAGUUUUUGAAAAAACCAAGUAAUAGCGUAGGACGUUGUGGUGGGAUAUACUAUGGUAAUCAUGAGCUUGAAAGAUUUGUAGGUGGCAAUAUAGUUCUAGAUUGGAUUGAUCGUACUGAUGAUCGUGGUUAUAGAUUUUAUGACUCUGGACUGGAGUCUUCCCAUAGUUUAAAUGUAUUGUUGCCCAGAACGAAAGAACCAGCGAGCCAUUUAAAGAUUAUCAUCAAAUCAACUGGUGAACACAUCGUGGCUGCAGAAAAUGAUAUUUGGAAAAGACUUAAUGGCAGUGCAGUUUAG